AUGGCCUUGUUGGAGAAGCAGACUGGGAGAGCUGGACCCAUCCUUGAAGUAAUUGAUAACUGGACCAUGAUAGUGACAUGUUUACGCCACCCUCCGUUUCACGACCCAAGUGGGAGAGGAUGUCUGUACCCUCGCUCUGCGUCCUGGCAUGCCAUGCAGCUGGCUCGUUCCCCCAGCAGCCUUUGCACAAUUUGCAUGAUUGGCAGGUGCAAGCAUAAAGACUGCCGAAGCCUCCAAGGCAGCUGGCUGGCAUGCCGGCACCAGCACAUCGGUGAGAUGAAGAAGGGCGAGUCAGCUGCAGCCCACAGCAGACUGGAGGGCCCUGUCCCAGGCUGCCUGCAUCCCAGUUCAAGCAGCCACUCAGUCAGAUACAGUCCUGCUGCCUGUCUGUUUUUAUCUCGGCAGCGGUACGACAUCAAAGAUGACUACACUUUGCGCAUUAAGAAAGCCAUGAGCACAGAUGAAGGAACAUACACGUGCAUAGCUGAGAAUCGAGUUGGAAAAGUGGAAGCUUCUGCUACCCUCACUGUGCGAGCUCGCCCCGUUGCUCCCCCACAGUUUGUGGUGAGACCACGAGACCAGAUUGUAGCCCAGGGUCGAACGGUGACUUUUCCGUGUGAAACUAAAGGAAAUCCGCAGCCAGCUGUUUUCUGGCAAAAAGAAGGAAGCCAGAAUCUACUCUUCCCAAACCAGCCUCUACAACCCAACAGCAGGUAUUCAGUGUCACCAACCGGAGACCUCACUAUUGCCAACAUUCAGCGGUCUGAUGCAGGCUACUACAUUUGUCAAGCACUGACGGUUGCUGGAAGCAUUUUAGCAAAGGCUCAGCUGGAGGUUACUGAUGUCUUGACAGAUAGGCCUCCGCCCAUCAUCCUCCAGGGGCCAGUCAAUCAGACACUGGCAGUGGAUGGGACAGCUUUGCUGAAGUGCAAGGCAACCGGCGACCCCCUUCCUGUCAUCAGCUGGUUAAAAGAAGGAUUCACCUUCCUGGGCAGAGACCCUCGAACAUCCAUACAGGAUCAGGGGACGCUUCAGAUUAAAACUCUGCGGCUGUCUGAUACUGGGACUUACACUUGCGUUGCUACAAGUUCCAGUGGGGAGACAUCCUGGAGUGCUGUGCUGGAGGUGACAGAAUCCGGUGGAGCAACAGUCAGUAAAAAUUACGAUAUAAAUGACCUCCCUGGGCCACCAUCCAAACCUCAGGUCACUGAUGUUACUAAGAACAGUGUCACCCUGUCCUGGCAACCAGGGACCCCUGGAAGCCUACCAGCUAGUGCAUAUAUCAUUGAGGCUUUUAGUCAAUCUGUGAGCAAUAGCUGGCAAACAGUGGCUAACCAUGUGAAGACCACUCUCUACACUGUGAGAGGACUGCGCCCCAAUACAAUCUACCUGUUUAUGGUGAGAGCUAUCAAUUCACAAGGUCUGAGUGAUCCCAGCCCUAUGUCAGAUCCUGUCCGAACACAAGAUAUCAGCCCACCAGCACAAGGUGUGGAUCACAGGCAGGUACAGAAAGAACUGGGAGACGUCAUUGUACGACUGCAUAAUCCUGUUGUGCUAACACCCACGACGGUUCAAGUCACCUGGACGGUCGACCGCCAAUCCCAGUUUAUUCAGGGCUACCGAGUAAUGUAUCGCCAAACGUCUGGCCUACCUUCUCCAGCUGUAUGGCAGAAUUUGGAAGUCAAAGUCCCAACUGAGCGCAGUGCUGUCCUCGUCAGCUUGAAAAAGGGAGUCACUUACGAAAUUAAAGUUCGACCUUAUUUCAAUGAAUUCCAAGGAAUGGACAGUGAAUCAAAGUCUGCUCGUACCACAGAGGAAGCUCCAAGUGCCCCUCCUCAGUCUGUUACUGUCCUGACAGUUGGAAAUCACAACAGCACAAGCAUCAGCAUCUCCUGGGAUCCUCCCCCUCCAGAUCACCAAAAUGGAGUCAUCCAGGAGUAUAAGAUCUGGUGCCUAGGUAAUGAGACUCGAUUUCAUAUCAACAAAACAGUAGAUGCAGCCAUUCGGUCUGUAGUAAUAGGUGGCCUAUAUCCAGGUAUUCAGUACCGCGUGGAAGUUGCUGCAAGCACCAGUGCAGGUGUGGGAGUAAAAAGUGAGCCACAACCCAUAAUAAUCGGAGGUCGUAAUGAAGUUGUCAUCACUGAAAAUAACAACAGCAUAACUGAGCAAAUCACUGAUGUUGUCAAACAGCCUGCCUUUAUAGCUGGCAUCGGUGGUGCAUGUUGGGUAAUUCUGAUGGGUUUCAGCAUCUGGCUGUACUGGCGCAGAAAGAAGAGGAAGGGGCUCAGCAAUUAUGCUGUCACUUUCCAAAGAGGAGAUGGAGGACUAAUGAGCAAUGGAAG